CUGCCGGCUAACUUUCCUAAAGGAGGAGUAAGGAAGCCAGAUCGUUUCCAUAUCUAUGAAAGACACCAAAUCUGAAAGUCGAGCUAGCAGUCCCGAGCUACCUCCACGCCACCACCUUUGACGCCGCUACCAUUGCACUGCUGUGCUUCCAACUCCAGAGCAAGAUGAUCGUACAAAGCCCUCGCCACUUGAUGUGCUGCUGGCUAUUGUGAUUCCAACGCAGUCAAUGUCUCUGUUGUGCCUCUGCCCCGCCUCCGACGCCGCUACAUCUGUCAUAAGUAUCGCUGGUUCCAGUUGAUUAUUCAUAUCCUCUUUAUCAGCUUGCUAGAUUGUGAGCUCAGCAUGGUGGGGGUUCAAGAAUAAAUACAUGGUGAUGGAAGUAUUUUUGGAUCCAAAUAAAGAUAUUGUGGGAAACAGGGAAAGGACCCUAUUAUUAUCACACAAUUCAAUCUCUCAAAAUCUUGUGAAAGAUGACAUUCUUGUGAAAUUUGGAGAGUGUGGUCUAGCCUCUUCGCUCAACUCAUUUCAAGGAAGUAUCAAGGCCUGCAAAAAUGCUGAUUUGAAGUGUGAAAUGUCAAAGUUUGAGCACUAUAAGUUGCUAGGUGGAAACAAUCUUAAUGGAGAUGUGGAGCAGCAGAUGAAGAAUUGUCUUGAAAAGAUCAAAGUUUUGGAGCACUAAAAUAUACUCCAUAAUUUGGACCUGCGUAAAUCCCCAGGUCUUCGGUCUGCGUUUUUGUGUUUCAGCUUUGCGCUAAGCCUUCGAGCCACAAGGAUUAGUCGAUCACUUAAGCGAUCGUUAAAUAUCACUUAAGCGAUCGUUAAAUAUCAUUAAGGGUAAUUUAGAUAUUUGAUUUGUUUUUAAUUAUUUUUAUUUAAUUUAGUGGUUGUGUUUAGUAAAAAGUGGGAUGUGAAUAGAAUUUCCCUGAAAUUAAAUGACUUUUUACUUUUUAGAAGAAAGAAUAACCAAGCGUGGGAAGUGAGAACCUAUGUUGUAAAAACCGGACCGGAGAGUGACCCGGCCACAUGACUGGGUCAUGGGUCAUCCCGGACCCGGUGGGUCAACCCGGUCAACGCCGGAAAAUCGGUGAAUGAUUAUACGUCUAUAUAAUAAUAGUAAACAUAUAAUUAUAUAUAAAAUUAUAAUAAAAAUUAGUUAUUAUUCAUAAUAAUCAACUAACAAUACUACUUAUUAAGCAUUUAAUACACUCUCAUAAUAUUUCAAUGUAUAUUUUGAUCUUAUAAAAAUAUAUAAUGAUAUUUUUAUUUUUAUUGUACAUCUAUAUUAUAAUUUGGCAUGAUGUUCAUUCUUAAAUAAAUAUAUAAAUAUAUUACGCAGUUUUUCUUUUUAAGGUAUUGAAAUUGCAAUUUUAUUGGUAUAAAAAAUGCAUCAAAAAUAAAAAAGAAAUUACUUUUUUUGGUAAAAACACCCAAAAACUGGGUUUUACCGGGUUUUUCGGGUUUUUUGGGUCCGGGUCUUGACCGGGUUUUCCCGGGUCAGCCGAGUUUUUCCGGUUCUUAACCAUUUCCGGGUUUUGAAAAGACCGAACCGGUUUUUUGUUCGGGUCACCGGGUUCCGGGUCACCCCCGGUCGGGUCGGUUUUUUAAACAAUAGGUGAGAACUCUACAACUCUAGUCUUCUGAAGGGACACUUCACGCUUGAAAGGGCACCUUGGUGCUUGGGGUGGGGGAUUUGUCACCCCUAUUCACCCGGCGGGACUCGGGAGGAUGGCAUGCGAACGUGGAAGAGGAGCCACAAAUGAGAAAAAAGUGCGUGGGGCCCAUGGGGAAAAUUCCCAUCUUUUUGAAAAAUGUAUUACUAAUUUUUGAUUUAUUAACGGAAUGAGUUACGGUUAGUAUUACCAAAUUUUAUACGUAGUAGUAUUUUAAAAUUAUAUUGGUUGAGUAGUUGUGUGACUUGUGACUUACGUUUGUAAUUAUUCAAUCAUUUGAU